AGUGUUUAAAAUCUAUCGAAAACAUCCGCAUGUCCCCAAAUUCGUCCAUGGGUCUCAAAACUGCGACUAAAGUACCAGAAUACUCCCAAGUUGGUUGCGAUUGUUUAACGAAGCUGCACUAUCAGGGCAUAAUCGGAUAUUUUAGAAGAUAGAAUAGAAUGGAACUGUGGUUUUUAGAAAAAUGGUGGAUCAGUUUUAUAGUUAACCAAAGUUUAAGUUUCGUUCAUUCCAUGUUUGUUUUUCAGGUAUAUUAAAAGAAAUACGCUGUAUUUAAUUGUUAAGUGGUUAGAAAAUUAUCUUCUUAAUCUAAUUACGUGCGGAUAUUUUAUAUACAAGCCUGUACUGUUUAUAAAGUCUUAACUUAAUGCUGGCCAACACUAGCCAACACAGACAACGGCGGGAUUGCUUUUAUUUCAAAUGAGAGAGGACCAAUGGAAAUCGCUAUAAACAAAAAGUUCGAAUGCGAUUUGCCCGUUCCGCCGACGUCCAAGGGUAUUCCAAUCAAGGUUCAUGACAUUCAGAGUGCGCUUAGUGACUCUUUGAAACAAAUUUAAAUUAUUCUGUUUGCCAAAAGGACUCAUUUUAUAUAAUAUGGUAUAUGCGCCUAGAGGAAAAUUCGAAUCUGAGGGAAGCAGUAAAGGCGAAGGAAUAAAUCACAUAAAUGGUAGUGGUGGGGUCGACGCUCUAACUCAUGUAACGUGUCCAUGGUGGCGUAGCAGUACUCAUCAUCCCAUACAUCAACACAAACUUGGGUCAUAUCACAGUCCAGAAAUGACCUUAGAAGUUGGAAAACAUCCGAUUACCAGAGUAUUUAGUGACGAUGAAGCGCUAAUCAAUAAGAAAUUGCCCAAGGAGUUACUGCUUAGGAUAUUUUCAUAUUUAGAUGUAGUAGCAUUAUGUCGUUGUGCUCAGGUAUCCAAAGCAUGGAAUGUAUUAGCUCUCGAUGGUUCAAAUUGGCAAAGGAUAGACCUAUUUGAUUUUCAAAAGGAUGUCGAGGGUCCAAUAAUAGAAAAUAUUUCCAGAAGAUGUGGUGGAUUUCUUAGAAAAUUAUCAUUAAGAGGAUGUCAGUCUAUAGCAGAUGGCUCAAUGAAAACUUUAGCUCAACUUUGUCCUAAUGUAGAAGAUUUAAAUUUAAACGGAUGCAAAAAGAUCACUGAUUCAACAUCCAAUUCCAUAUCAAGGCAUUGUUCUAAACUACAGAAAAUGAACUUGGAUAGUUGUUCAGCAAUUACUGAUCAUUCAUUAAAAGCUUUAAGUGAUGGCUGUCCAAAUUUAUCACACAUAAAUGUUAGUUGGUGUAGCAAUAUUACCGAAAAUGGCGUUGAAGCAUUAGCAAGAGGAUGUCCAAAAUUAAAAAGUUUUAUUUCCAAAGGCUGCAAACAAAUAACUUCGAAAGCUGUCGUCUGCUUGGCAAGAUACUGCACUCAAUUGGAAAUAGUGAAUUUACUAGAGUGCAGUAACAUUCGAGAUGAAGCGGUUCAAGCUUUAGCUGAGAAGUGUUCCAAACUGCAUUACUUGUGUGUAUCAAAGUGCUCGGGUCUUACUGACGCAUCACUGAUUGCGCUGGCGCAACAGUGUACUAUGUUAUCGACUUUAGAGGUUGCAGGAUGCUCACAAUUCACUGAUGCUGGUUUUCAGGCACUAGCAAGGAGUUGUCGUUACUUGGAAAAAAUGGACUUAGAUGAGUGUGUGCUUAUCACUGAUUCUACUCUGAUUCACUUAGCAAUGGGCUGCCCUAGGAUUGAAUAUUUGACUUUGUCACACUGUGAACUAAUCACUGACGAAGGCAUUCGGCACUUAUCAUUGUCGCCGUGCGCUGCCGAAAAUCUUACCGUUUUGGAACUGGACAAUUGUCCCCUAGUCACAGAUGCUUCUUUGGAACAUCUGACAUCCUGUCACAACUUACAACGAGUAGAACUUUAUGAUUGCCAGCUUAUUACAAGGGUUGGAAUUAGAAGACUUAGGAAUCAUUUACCGAACAUCAAAGUACACGCGUAUUUUGCUCCAGUUACUCCGCCUCCCACAGCUGGUGCGUCUCGACAACGAUAUUGUCGCUGUUGUGUGAUACUGUGAAUAUGAGACUCUGCCGUCGAACCCUUCGUGAAAUACCACUCCCGUUUAAGGUUAAAAAUGUGUUCAAAGAAAAUGUUAUUUAUUCUCAUGCUGUAUAUUGAUUUCUGAGUAAUAACAUUGGGAAAAUUAUAUUUUAGGGUUGUUAUAACACCUCAUCGCCAAAACACGUUUUUAUUUCAAAUACUAUUUUUAAAGCGUAUUGGAUGUAGGAAACAUGUUAGCGGUAGGAUUUCGAUAUUUGUAAUAGAGAAAUUGAAGCCGGGUGAACUAUUUUACAUCUAAAUAAACUUGACUUAUAAGAA